CUAUGCAGUCGCAGUCUGCAACCAAGAUGGGAGCUGCGAGAUGGUGCCUUGGUCUUGGUGCCGAACUCUGGACGCCCAAGGUGAAGGUACACUCCUCGGCUCCGCCGCGGCAGCUACAAGACACGUCGUCGUCCUCCGGUGCUACUCCAGCUGAGCCAGCAGGCGAAGGUGACAGCGGAGAAGUGGGAGCAGGGCACACGAGCGAGCAGCGUGAGGUGUUCACCAUCUGGAUGAAGUCGCUGGUGCUCAACGGCAGUGGCUGCACGGUGUUCGACUCCGACGGCCGCAUCGUCUACCGGGUCGACAACUAUGGCUCCCGCCACUCCAUCGACGUCUGCCUCAUGGACAUCACGGGGAGCGUGGUCCUCCAGGUGCUCAAGAGAUUCGGGAGGUGGGAUGGGUACAGGCUCGGCAACUGGAAAUCAAAAGAGCCCGACGCGCCGCGGGGGCGGCCGUGGUUCACGGUGGUGAGCAAGAAGUGGGGCGGCGGACCGAGCUGCGAGUUCAGGAGCGACCGCGGCCGCGGCCGCGCCGUGCGGUACAAGAUGGACGGAGGAAGGCGGCGGCAGCAGGCGGCGCGGGCCUCGUGGAUCGUGGACGACGCCACUGGGGUGGUCGUGGCGGAGGUGAAGAGGAAGCUCACGGCGACGGGGUUAUCCCUCGGCGAGGACGUCCUCACGCUGGUUGUGGAGCCCAACGUCGACCACUCGCUCAUCAUGGGGCUCCUUGUUGUGCACGGCCUCAUCAACCACUCCAUGUAA